AUGGGUACGUCAAGACGUGUUCGUUGCUAUAUUCCAAUUACUAAUAAGAUAUUUAUCAGUGUCGAUGAAGCAGGGACUUGUGCUCGCCUUCCUCUCAACAACAAUCCUGUGACUAGCGUCACGACUACAGAUAUCGAAUGCAAUGCUGGCACAAAGCCCGUUGCCACAUUAUGUCCAGUGACUGCCGGUCAGAAUAUCACCGUCGAGAUGCAUGCCCAACCCAAUGAUCGAUCAUGCACGACCCAAGCAAUUGGAGGCAAUCAUUAUGGUCCUGUUUUGGUAUAUAUGGGAAAGGUAGCCGAUGCAGCUUCAGGCAUGCCCACUUCAUGGUUCAAGAUCGCCGAGGAUGGCUACAGUCCGACCACCAAGAAAUGGGGAACUGAUUUAUUGAAUGACAACUGCGGCAAGCGAAGCGUGCAAGUUCCUGCCACCUUGGCACCGGGAAACUAUCUCGUUCGCGCUGAAGCUAUUGCUCUUCAUGCCGCCUCUUCGACUGGUGGAGCACAAUUUUAUAUGACUUGCUUCCAAGUCAAUGUCGCUUCGACUGGAACAGUCAAUCCUCCAGGAGUGGCGUUCCCUGGAGCAUACAAAGCAACAGAUCCCGGCAUCCUCAUCAACAUCUAUCAAGCAUCCAAUAUUGCCAAUUAUCAAAUCCCAGGUCCAGCGGUCUGGACGGGUUAGAAGAGACAGUCUCGGAACAAUUUAGAAGAUACCAAGUGAGAAGCAGAGAACAUAUGUGUUGCGGGGCUAGGCAGCGUAACGCGAUAUGGAUGGAGAAAGCACAGCGGCAAUAUUGUAUAUAUGGUGUCAUAAUGUGAUACGAACCUCGCUUUCAUUACUUCUUCUCGCUGGUGGCCAACAUACACAUGCCUCGUCACAUUUGGUGAGGUACAUAUAUACAGUUUCGAACUAGUCCAGGGUAUCUCCACAAGUUUCGUUGUCUUCGUUUAAUGUCAGCGUAGCAACAAGAGAGUUGGAUAUGUUUGAGGGCGCUUAGGGAGUUACCCGAUGUUGGGAAAUCGCACCACUGUAUUGGAGGAAUGACCACGCCUUCCUCUUGCGGAUAAAUAACAAUGACAAC